AUGUCCGAUCCAGCACCCGGAAUUUGUGUCGUCCCUGAUAACGACGAUAUGACAAAGAUCUAUGCCCUCGUGACAGGACCUUUUGAUACACCUUACGAGGGUGGUUUUUUUGUCUUUCUUAUUGGAUGCCCUCCUAAGUAUCCUCUCAAACCUCCGAAAGUCAAGCUGAUGACUACAGGAAAUAAUAACGUGAGAUUUGGGCCAAAUUUCUAUAAAAAUGGAAAAGUAAGUUACUUUUUAUUAGAAUUCUUACAAUUGUACUUGCGUAUCUCGGAAUUUGAAUGUACAUUAGCUAUUGUGUCUUGGACGCAUUGCUUUGGUAGGAAUUUCUGA